GAGGAGGUAUAAUUGAAUCAGUGCGCGUUCCCCACGUCGUUCUAUACCCGAGAAAUGGCUCUGAUUGGGCGAUUGCACGGAGCGCAGUGCACGCCUCUGCGGCAGCAGCUACGCCACGCCGACGGCAUUCGCGGCGUCUUCUCUCUCAAACCUCUGCGACGCGGCGAGUUGAUCUUAUCUCUGCCUCUUCGUUACUGUUACUUCGCGCAAUUCGGCCCCGAUGACAAACACCGCCCAGACUGGGCGUCGACGCCAGAAGGGGCCCGACAGCUGCGGCGGUGGAAUCGCGGUGUGGCGCUUCUGCCAGAGACGUGGACGUGGCUGCAGCGCUUCUCGAGUGACGCACCAUCCGACUGCGUGUUGCUCACCUCCGGCGUUUCUGCGGAGCUGCCUCCUACCGGCCGCACGUCGGCACACGAAGAAGGCAACAACGAUGAUGUCGGUCUGGCGUCCCCUGUUGUUUUCUCGCUCACGGUGUCGCCUGUUGAGGCUGCGUUGGCGACGGCGAUCGCGCUGCGGUACUUCUACAGGCGUGCACUGCAUCUCACCCCGGCGACGCGCGCGGAGAAGCACAUUGGGCCGCCACCAAAUGAGCUAGCGGACCGUUUCGUAGACAACUUACCCGUGGACCUCUACUUGAAGUGGGGUGUAGAGACACUUUAUGGCGACCCGGCCUCUGGAGAGGCGCACGUGUGUGUGGAGCAAAUCGCACAGAACCUGCGCGACGCCGCGCUGACGCACGCCAACACGGAGGAGUACCGCUUUCUUGACGAGUUCCUGUCUCUCUUUGACGACCUGCUGCUGGUGUGCCUUUAUGUGGUGCGGUCGCGCGUGUUGACGGUGCCGCUGUUGGGGAGGACGGAGGCGCGGAGGGAGGAAAAGGUGUGCAGUGUCUUUGCACCGCUGCUGGAUGGGUUAAACCAUCAGCCGUUGCGGCCAUCCGCCGCGGUGGUGGUGUCGCUGCGGCGUGCGCACGUGGUGGUGCGUGCCACGCGUGACGUCCGGCGAGGGGAGGAGAUCACGCUCGACUACCGUGCCGCGGGUCCGCGUGCUUGUCUGCCGACACAUGACGAUUCUUCUGCUACGUCGCUUCCGUACGCGGUCCGCAUGGACGAGGACUGGGCCGCGCGGUACUUGAUGGAGGAGGACCGAUUGGUAGACGAUUGA